AUGUCUGCUUCUCGUCGCCAGAAAAUUGAUCAUGAAUGGCCAGCAUUUUCUGCUACCACUCCACUGUUUCUCAAGAUGAUCCUAGACGACACUUCUAGAGACACAAAACUUAGAAUACCGAAGAGUUUCGUGAAGAAAUAUGAAAAACAUCUAUCAAAUCCAGUACAUUUGAAGCUUCCAAGUGGUUCAGAAUGGGAAGUAGAAGUGACAACAUGUGAUGGUGAGGUUUGGCUUGACAGGGGUUGGCCAGAGUUCUCUAAGUUUUACUCUCUAGAGCAGGGUGGCUCCCUAGUUUUCAAAUAUGAUGUGAACUCAAAAUUCCAAGUUUGCAUAUUGGAUGCAAGUGGCACAGAGAUCGACUAUCCCUAG